UCGCUUAUCUCUGGUCCCAUUUGGAGGCAAGGGAAGAUGGCGAAGGUGGUACUAUGGAUUGGUCUGACCAUUUUGCUGCACCUGCAGCUGGGCUCUGCUUACAAACUUCUGUGUUAUUUCACUAACUGGUCUCAAUACAGGCCAAAUCCUGCCCAGUAUUUCCCAGAGAAUAUUGAUCCACAUCUUUGCACACAUUUGGCUUAUGCCUUUGUUACUAUGAAAAAUAAUCAGAUAGCGCCUUAUGAAUGGAAUGAUGAAGAACUCUUUGUUCCAUUCCAAGCACUAAAAAAGAGCAAUCCUGAUCUGGUUACAUUGUUGUCAAUUGGCGGAUGGAAUUUUGGCACUGAAUUGUUCACCAUUAUGGUCUCCACACCCGAAAACCGGGAGACUUUCAUCAAAUCAGUGAUUGCAUACCUUCGUAAGUAUGGAUUUGAUGGGAUUGACCUAGACUUCGAAUAUCCAGGCUCUAGGGGAAGUCCCCCAGAGGACAAGGCUCGAUUUACCUAUUUGGUUCAGGAAAUGAGAGAUGCUUUUAUAAAAGAAGGUGGGCAGCCAAGACUGUUGGUCACAGCUGCAGUGUCUGCUGGUGUAGAAACAAUUAAUGCUGGAUAUGAAAUUGCUAACUUAGGGAAGCUGUUUGAUUUCAUCAGUGUAAUGACAUAUGACUUCCAUGGUGACUGGGAUUCCACCACCGGAUGCAAUAGCCCACUGUACGCAGGUUCUGAGUGGUGUGAUGUUGAUAUUUUCAAUUGUAAAUAUGCUAUGGAGUAUUGGAGGGACCAAGGUGCUCCAGCGGAGAAGCUGCUCAUGGGGUUCCCCACCUAUGGACGUUCUUUAGGGCUUUGGAGCAGUGGUGAAGCAGGACUCUGUACAUCAAUCUCAGGGGCUGGUCCUGCAGGGCAAUAUACAGAAGAGGCUGGAUAUUGGGCUUACUUCGAGAUUUGCGAUUUCAUAAAGGAUGCUCAAGUGCGGUGGCUGGAUGACCAGAAAGUCCCAUAUGCCUUUAAGAAUAAUGUAUGGCUUACGUAUGACAACAUUUGUAGCUUCAGACACAAGGCAAAGUACCUGAAGGAGAACAAUUUUGGAGGUGCCAUGGUUUGGGCCAUUGAUUUGGAUGACUUUCUUGGUACAUUUUGUAACCAAGGAAAAUACCCUUUGAUUAGUGAACUGAAGAGAUUGCUUGAAACAAAUGAUCCCAUUGUACCAAACUGCCCUGAUGCAGUUGAUCCUCCGACCGAUCCUUCAACUGAUCCUCCAACCGAUCCAUCAACUGAUCCUCCAACAGAUCCUUCAACCGACCCUCCAAUCGAUCCUCCAGUUACUCCUCCAGUGGAUUCAGAUCCAUCAUUUUGUGUUGGAAAGGUUGAUGGGAUCCAUGCAGAUCCCAAAGACAGUGGAAAAUUCUAUAUGUGUGUUGGAGACCGCACUUAUCACCUGAGUUGUGCACCUGACCUAGUCUUUAAUGACAGCUGCAAGUGCUGUGACUAUCCACAUACCAUUAAAAAUUAAAUGACAACAACUAGGCUCAUUUACUGUGGAUUUCUCUUGCCCUUCUCACAAAAGCAGAAAUGCUGUUAAGAUAAAAGGAAAAGCCCAACAAAUUAUUGGUUAUCAUUCACUCAUUGUCAGAGCCCAACUUUUGAGAUGCUUGAAAAAUAAUAAAAAUAAUGGAAUAUUAUUAAAAA